ACCAAUAUGCAUAAGAUCCCCAAGAUCCCAUGCAGCUUCCAGGAAGGAGAAGCUCAUCACAGAACCAAAGAAAAAGAAAGAAGAAGUUGCCUACAGUUAACAGGAGCUACCAAGAAAGUCACACAAAAUAAUUAAAUUCAUUAUUUUCCUCAUAUAUUUCUACCUCACUCACUCAUCAAUAAAUAGCCCCCCCUCCGGCCUCCAUAUCCUCCACCCCAAUCUCUCAACAACUUCAUACAAAUUAGUUCGGAAUAUUUCAAUUAGCCAAACCAUGAUAUCGUUAGAUCAUCACCACAUGAUGAGCGCAGUUGAAUUUGUGGACUAUUUUCCGUCCAUGAUCGCGAGGCUGGGAGAAGAAGGGUUUAUUGGGGAGCUCUGCAAUGGGUUUGUUUUGCUGAUGGAUGUGGAGAAGGGGCUCAUCACCUUUGAGAGCUUGAAGAGGAACUGCGUUGUGCUGGGCUUGCAUGACAUGGGAGAUGAUGAGCUUGUGUGGAUGUUGAUGGAGGGUGAUUUGGAUGGAGAUGGGGCCCUCAGUCAGCUGGAGUUUUGCAUCCUCAUGUUUAGGUUAAGUCCAGGUUUGAUGGAUGGAUCUAAGCAGCUGUGGAAGGAAAACUUUGAUCAUCCUCCUCAUCAUCAAGUACAUGUAGGAGGCUUCCAAUGAUCAUGUCUCUUGUCAUAUCUUCUUUAAUUAAUAACUUUGAUCCAGUUGUAUCAAUGCAAUGUUCUUUGGUAAUUCAAUCAACUGGAAGAUCCAUCUUUAUUUUCAACCAUGUGAUAUGCGUAUUUCAAGUACUUUUAUGUCAUGUAAUUGAUCAAACCCAUAUUCUAUGUAAAUCAAGUACGCAAAUGGUUUAGCUAUAUAGCUUGGUGUUGUGAUUGGUGGUUGUUUUCUCUUAAGUGCAGUGGCAGAUUCAAGUGUGUUGGAGAAUGUGAUUUUUGGAGGAACGUUCAUGUGCUAAUGUGUUUCCGAUUUUUGGGGAAUUUCUGUUUUUGGCCAAAGAUCGGUGGGUCUCUAUGUGCAGCGAUGCUUACCUGUGUGGUGGUGGUGUAUCCCCUCCUUUGUGGCCAUUAUGGUGCAGUCUCCGUCCCCUUUGAGGGUGACAGUGACUCUGUGUUGUAAUUUGGUUUGAUUUUGUGAUGGGAAAGAUUAUUAUACUAGACUAUACUGGUUUUAAGCUAAUCUUCCAUGUGUUUGUGGUAAUUUGUUCCUGUGAUAUGUGUAUUUCAAGUACUUCUAUGUCAUCUAAUUGAUUAAACCCAUAUUCCAUG